CUGACACCUUGGAAACGAGUGAAACCUCCUCCGAGCAAAAUCGCGCGCAAGUCGCAACGCGCCAUCGUGUCGACCUCGGCGCAGCGGGCGGAGCGGAUGACGACGGGGAUCGGACGAAGAAGGAGGACGCCAACAAGGCCGAGUACCUGGUGAUGAAGGAAUCCGCACAGGGCUUUUACAAGGUCAUCUCUGACGUGAACACAAAAGACCCGCGGUUUAAGCGUAUCAAAUGCAAAAAUGUCUGGGCCUGGAAGAUUGUCAUGCUAGUCUGGCAUGACUCUGCACUUUGUAUUGCGCGGCCACCAAGCGGUCCUCUUGCCUGUCAUGCAAAAGCGCAGUUUCUCGUGCGAAAUACGCAUCACAGAAGCACGAAAAAACUUGUCGUGCUUGGCGGCGCAUUAGAGAGCACUUAUUGUUCACGGACUUGCAUCACAAGUUUCUAGACCCAGACAUUUUUGCAUUUGAUAAAGCGGUUACAGGAGCAAAUCGCCGUCGCGAAGGUGAUUUUACACCCCCUGUUGCCCGACGCUUUUGACAAGGAAAUCGGAAAAGACGCGGGCUGGUCGAUCGAGGACGAAUCCCUGGAGGCCGCGAUCCCCUACAAGGCGGCAGAUCAGCCGGCGGAAAUGAAGGGCGAGGUCAGUUUAAUCAAGGAUCAGUGGGAGUGUUUGAUGAAAACGAUUAUGACCAAAAUGCACAUGCCCGCGUGGUCCGACAAGCACAAAAUCCAGGCCCAGAAUCCUGGCAGCGUGUCCGAUUCCGGAUCAGGUGGCGCAGCACACCAGCAACGGGGCGUGAACAGCCGAACGAGAGCUAUCAACCAAGCGAGGCGCAUGCUUAUCAACUGCAAAAAUGUCUGGGUCUGGAAGAUUGCCAGGUUUGUCAUGCAUAUUUUGAAUGACCCACGAUGUCAGUGAUGCAUGCCCGAGCAUCACAGGUUUUUAGAGAACUACUUUGCGAUUCCUCUACCGCAUGAGAAAUGCCCUCUCCACGUAGCACAAACUGGAGUCCUUUUGCUGCUCAUGCAAUACAAAUUUUUUUAGAAUCCAGAGACAGCAUUACAAGUUUAGAAUCUUCCCGACCCAGACAUUUUUCCAUUUGAUAAUGCUGGAAUUGAUGCAAGAGGAAUUGUUCGAGCCACAAAGAUAUCCUGUGCAAAAGUAUCGUACUCGUAGUAAUUGCAGUCAUGCAUUACAAAUUUUAAUUUUUCCAAAGGUAAAUCCGCAUGACAAAUUUUAUUGCUCAUGCUGAGGAAGUUUGUCAUGCAUUUAUACGAGUGCGAUACUUUUGCAAUGCAUAAAAGACUGAAAUCCGACGGCGCUACGUCCGCGGCCGACGAAUUCAGGUUAUUCAUCAAGGUGCCGGAUGACUAUCCAAUGCAAAUAUGUUGUCUGGGUCUGGGAGAUUGCGGGACUUGUCAUGCUAGUCCAGCAUGAUUCUGAAUUCUGUAUUGCGUGGCCGCGAAGAGCUCCUCUUUCCGGUCAUGCAAAAACCCGCAAGUUUCUCAUGCGGAGUAAACAACUCAGGACCACGGAAAAACUUGUCAUGCUGGGCAGCGCAUUAGUACAGUGCGCUUGCUAUUCCCUUCCUUGCAUCACAAGAUUCCAGACUCCCAGACAUUUUUGCAAUGCAUAAUGACCACCCGGAGACGAUUUUGAAAUACAACGCGAUCGACGCGGGCGCGGAUGUGAGCAGCGACACCAGGUUUUUCUUCGUCCACGAAUUAAAGCAGGAGUUGGAGGAAAACGGGAACGAAAAUAUGGCGUUCUCAAACGUUACAUUCUCAACUGUUACAUGAAAUUUGUAAUGCAAGAACGACAAAAGUGAAAGGAAAAACGUUGCGCCUUUUGCAUUACAGGUUUGGAGCAGAUUAUAAUGCUAUCUAGCGCGUCGAGAAGUUGUCAUGCGGAGAAGGCUUGAUCGUAUUAAGAGUGACAGUGUUUUUGCAUGACAAAUCAUGUAACAGUUGAGAAUGUAACAUUUGAGAGCGCCAUAGAAAACUGGUCGGCACUUGGCAAGUUGAUCGUCGAUCACAUGAAGCAGGGCCUCAUGUCCGAGGAAGAGGAAGAACAAGAAAACGCCGGGUUUGUGGAUAGUAGCGGCGCUUCUGCCGCGAUGACGGUAAGCAGUGGGUUUUCCGAAAAAACGAUUGAGG